UUUUCUUCACUUUUCCAAUGACUAUUCAAUCGAACAAUCUCAUCCACCGAAUUCAAUUGAAAAAUGAAAAAAAUUACUGCCAAAUAACGUGUCAACGAAAAAGAUUGUUCACUACCAAAUAUGGCAAAAGCACUUGCCACAAACAAAMACUCGCCUAUUCUGGCUUAAUUCUUGAUGUUCAAUUCAUUGUCUAUUGGCAUAGAUUUAAUUGUCCUAUACUAAAGACCUCAGUUUAACAUGCUAUGGUAGCACUUUAUGACUUUACGAUGCCUUAUUGUUAAAAAUAAUAAUGUUUAUGUCUUGUAUAUUUACUCACUAAUUCAAUUGUAAGUCUCUAAUUCUCAUUAUGAAUAUUAUUAUAUUUACUCAACCAUUAACAAACAUUUACUCAAUGACAAAACGACCGAGUCCAUCAACCAUUCAUUUGAAAAUUAAAACUCACAAAAGACUGCCUUACAAUUGUAACUGUGAAGAUCAAAACGUCGACAGCUUUGUUGAGGAUCUUAUGGUAUAUCRGGCUGCUGCUGUAGCAAUUAUUGCUUGAAGUGCUUGUCGUCAUUGUGAAAAGUCAUCGCACGUUUUCCAGGGUGAAAUGCUGGUUAGUGGUAUUGUGGUGGUGGUGUUGUUGCUUCCUUACAAUGUGAUAUCACAGACGAUGUUUCGAAUCACCCAGGAAACCAGGUUUGAAGGUAAAGUUUUUCAGCGCAAACGAACAAACGAAAUGAUGACAUGCGCACAUUAUUGUUCAAUGCACCCACGAUGCAAAUCGUUGAAUUUCAAACAAUCAAAYCGACAAGAGAGAGGACUCUGUGAACUGAUACGRAUAUCYGCUGACCAAGAAAAACAACUGCAUUCACCAGGGUGGCAAUCUGGUCAGAUCAUCGAGCAAAUUAGCCCUACAUCACCGCCUGCGAUCCCUCCGCUGAAAMACAAAAAUGUUUCUGCAACMUUUACCACUCUAGACGGAGAACUUUACACGGGACCRACGARCACCGAUGGCUACAAGGGGACCCCAUUGGCAGGAAAAGUCACUCUGCAAAAUGGCAUUCAGAUCUGGAAAGUGCCUUACACUGGCUUGUAUAGCAUCGAGGCUCUUGGGGCAUCUGGCGCUAAUGGAACCAACUCUUCAGUUGGGGUGGGGUGGAGGCUAGGAGGACGCGGAGCAAGAAUGAAAGGACAUUUUCAACUAGAAGCCGAUACGCAACUGAAGAUUCUCGUUGGACAAGAAGGAGGAAUAGUGACAAAUAUCAUGAAACAACGUCCAGGAGGAGGGGGUGGGGGGUCGUUUGUUACCACUAAAGGAAACAAAAUAUUGGUGAUUGCAGGAGGAGGRGGUGGGGGUGCWGCAAUAUUUCCACGUGGCGACUGUCGAGACGGCGAUCCAGGCCAAUCUGCGGAGAAUGGCACGCGUCACGGAGGGACGGGAGGUAACGGUGGAAAWCGAUAUGAUUACAAUUCCGGCGUUAAACCUAGUAACAUGGAGGGGUCCGGUGGGGGAGGGUUUUUCACAGAUGGCUCAUCAGGAAUUAUUUCUCAAGGAGGAAAAAGCUUUCUCAAUGGGGGGACGGGUGGGUCUAGUCUCGCUGCUGCCGCACAUGGGGGAUUUGGAGGUGGCGGAUCUGGUACUUCUUAUCCAGGGGGUGGAGGAGGGUAUUCCGGUGGAGGUGYGGAAGGCAAUGGUUCGCUCUUUGCCGCAGCUGGUGGAGGUGGAUCGUACAAUUCKGGAACGGAGCAAGAAAAUGAAAAGGGAGUAAAUUUGGGAAAUGGGAAAGUAGUGAUUCGCUUUAUUAAAUGAUCGAUUAUACUGACAAAAU